AUCGUUGACCAGAAAAAAAAUUGACUGUCCAAUGAAGAAGAUCAGAUAACUCUCCAUGCAUGGGAUCCACCGUAGUCACACAUUUUACACGUGGCAGCUUCCUGAGCUCCAGAGCCGAAAUGUGUAAGUUUAAAAAUAAAUAAAAUUAGUAAAAUCAAAAAGAAAAUGGAAAAAAAGGAGUAAAGGAAUCGAUCCACGACGACGAAGAUCAAAGUGAGGAACAAGCUCUGUUUAACAAAAAAUCUCAGCCAUGUCAAGUGGAGGAACAGUGAGAAGGGUUUCACGUCAAGAUAUACAACUGGUUCAAAACCUUAUAGAACGAUGCCUUCAACUCUACAUGAAUCAAAAAGAAGUCGUGGAAACUUUACUGGAGCAAGCUAAAAUCGAGCCUGGUUUCACAGAACUAGUUUGGCAGAAGCUUGAAGAAGAGAAUCGUGAGUUUUUUAAGGCUUACUAUCUUAGGCUCAUGGUCAAACACCAGAUCAUGGAAUUCAACAAGCUUCUUGAGCAGCAGGUUCACCACAUGCAGCAGAUGCAUCCAAGUGGAGUCGCUUCCGUCCAAAACACAAAUGGUUCUCAUAUUCAAUCAAUGAAUCAGAAACAUUUGGGUUAUGCCUCUGAGCACACUAAUCAAUCUCUGAAGUCGAUGCCCUCGAGUCUCUCUAAUGCAUACCUCAAUGGAUCUUCAACACUCAACACAACAAAUGUAGCCUCUUCUGUGAACAUAUCAACCCAUGCGAGGAGAGUUGAUACUUCUUCUCCGAACAUGCUCUCAUCGCAGACCACCACAAACAUGCCUAUGAUGCAAGGAAUGAAUGGAGGAGGAGGGAUGAUCAAGUCUGAGACCGCCUUUACAAGCCCUGCUUCUUCAUUCAUGUAUGGUGGUGAAAGGAACGCCUUGGAAGGGCAUUCCACAGUUAGAGACACUACUUCGAUCUCAACCUUUGGUAACGAGUCCAACAACAACCAACAACCUCUCAGUGAGACGCUUCUUGAUUCGGAAGCUGCUACUUUUGGGUUCUUAGGUCAGAUCCCUAGGAACUUCAGCCUCUCUGAUUUGACUGCUGAUUUUUCUCAGAGCUCAGAGAUUCUAGAGAGCUAUGAUAAGUCACCUUUCCUUGUUUCUGAUGGUGAAAACUUCCUGGACUCAUGCGACAGGGGAGAGUAUCAAGGAGACAACAAGAGAUUGGAGACCAUAUCUGAAGGUUUCAGUUAUGAUAACCUUGGGAGCGAGUAGUUUUGCUUCACUACCAUGACGUCGGACACGUUUGUGUGUAACAUAUUCAGACCUUUGAUCUUUUCUUUGCAAAAGACUGUUGGGUGGGGUGUAUAAAAGGGGAUUUCUAUUUAACAUUAUUACUUUAGCUUAGAGUUGAUAAGUGUGAGAUGGUCAUAUGUAAUUUUCAGUGUGUUUUUUUUCUCUUUUCUCUUGUGUGUUAGUUUUUGUGCUUAUAAUUUUUGUGUUGAGUGUGAUUUAACUAAUUAUGUUAAAGAAUGAAAGUAGUGGUAUGCAUCAAAUUCAACAUUAUACAUGAUUUGAAUUUUUGAUGCUCAA